AUGUGCAAAACUAUUCCCCGAGGUAAAACUAAACACUAUCGAGUGUUACUAUUCCCCGAGGCAAGACUAAACAUUAUCGAGUGUUUUGUUAUUCCCCGAGGCAAGACUAAACACUAUCGAGUGUUUUGGUGUCCCCGAGGCAAAACUAAACACUAUCGAGUGUUUUGGUCUGAACAAUAUCACGAAUAUUAUGAUCAGAUAUGUGCAAAGAAAACUAUUCCCCGAGGCAAAUAUAAACACUAUCGAGUGUUUUGGUCUAGGCACCUUGAGGAAGCUGGGACGCCCUUCGCAACACUGCCGACUGGAAGAACGGAAGACGUAAUCGCAACACUGCUGAUCAGACUGAAAGAACGGAAGGCGUACAAGACUGGAGACGACAAUCAGCUGUACUGUGCAAAAUCCCCGGAGUCGGUUCUCACAUCUGCUUUAACUAUGAAAAAACUCGUUCCGCUUGUGAUAUUUCUCGCUGUUCUCAUCUCCAUUGUGAAAUCUUGUGGCAAUAAUAUGAACAAAACUUCAACUGAAGAGCCUACUACAGAGAGCCUUCCACUUUCCACUGAGGCCAGCGCUGAAGAGAAACCACCAGAGGAUGAAACGGAAGGAAAGAAGCCAGAGGAGAAUGGGGUGGAGAAGGGAAAGGGAGGGCAAAGGGCAAAGAGAAGAAUAAUCGAGUAA